AGCCAAUGAGCGGAGUGUCUGCGAGCUGCCGGAGCGCUGGGUCCCUGCGCGGCGCGGCGCUUCUCGGCUCGGUGGCGGGAGGGGGGAAGCUGCUGAAGCGGCAGCUCAAGACAUUCCGGCACUCGGCAGAGCGCCGGCGGCUUCGCCGUGUGGAGGGGCUGCAGCCGGGCGCCCGGCUCGGAGCGCGGGAGAAGAAAGUGCGGGACUGGAGGUGGCGCUGCCGCUGCCCGGGCACAGGUGCCGCUGCUGCUCCGGGCGGGAGGAAAGCAGCUGCUGCUGCUGCUCCAGCUCCGCGGGCGGUGGGGUGCGAAGUGCCCCCCGAACAGCUCCGCCCGCGGGGGGAUGUACCGGCCGCUCGGCCUCCGUUUCCCGUGGGGGGCCGGCUCCUAGGUCGCGCCGGAUUCAGCGGGGAGCAGCAGGAGCUGGACGCCCUGGCGCUGCGGGCGAGGAGGAGGUCGCUCCUCCGAGGCACCUGGGCAGCCAGAUUUUGGUGGUUAUGGCAAAUCUUACAGCAGUGAGUGGUAUAAUGGACUGCAGGUUGGAUGAGUUACAGUCAUCUGCAACAUGACAUACCAUACCAAACUUCUUCCUUGUCAUUGCCUAUGUGCUGACACAGUACUGGUUUUGUAUCCAAAAGAAGAGUUCACAGAACUGCACAGUGCCUGAUCCAAACAAACACUUUGAUGUUCCUAGCUGGACUAUGUAGACUAUGUCAGAAAGUCACAAUGAUCCUGCACAAUAACACUACAGUCUCCCCCUUGUUUUCAAAUGUGAGCUUCUUCUGGAAUAGAGAUUCCCAGGGAACAGGGCUUCUUGAGGAUGCAACAUCAGUCAUUGGCAGCUAUGACUUCCCUCAGACAACUGAGAGUUUUCCCUUCACUACUGUGGAAACAGCCAAUAGGUCACUAGAUGGCAUGAACAAAGAUCCUCUGGGUGGACACACACUCUGGCAAGUUGUUCUGAUUGCCUUCCUCACUGGCAUCCUCGCACUGGUGACCAUCAUAGGAAACAUCCUGGUGAUUGUGGCAUUUAAAGUUAACAAACAACUUAAAACAGUCAACAAUUACUUCCUGCUGAGUCUUGCAUGUGCAGAUUUGAUCAUCGGUGUUAUUUCAAUGAACCUUUUCACCACAUAUAUCAUCAUGGACCGCUGGGCUUUGGGAAGUUUGGCCUGUGAUCUAUGGCUCUCCAUUGACUAUGUAGCCAGCAACGCUUCUGUCAUGAAUCUCCUUGUCAUAAGUUUUGACAGGUAUUUUUCCAUCACCAGGCCCCUUACAUACAGAGCUAAACGAACAACCAAAAGGGCUGGAAUGAUGAUAGGCUUAGCUUGGGUCAUCUCGUUCAUUCUUUGGGCCCCUGCCAUCUUGUUUUGGCAGUAUUUUGUUGGGAAAAGAACUGUGCCUCCUGAUGAAUGUUAUAUCCAGUUUCUAAGCGAACCUGUCAUCACUUUUGGCACUGCCAUAGCUGCCUUUUAUUUGCCAGUCACCAUUAUGACUAUUUUAUACUGGAGGAUCUACAAGGAGACAGAGAAACGCACCAAAGAGUUAGCGGGGCUACAGGCCUCGGGCAGCAAAGCUGAGGCAGCACGCUUCAUUCACCAGACUGGUAGCUCCAGAAGCUGCAGCAGCUAUGAGCUGCAGCAGCAGAGUAUGAAGCGCUCCACCAGAAGGAAAUAUGGCCGAUGCCACUUCUGGCUUACAACAAAGAGCUGGAAACCCAGCCAGGAUCAGGGGGACCAGGAGCACAGCAGCAGCGACAGCUGGAACAACAAUGAUGCCGCUGCUUCUCUUGAAAACUCUGCCUCCUCUGAUGAAGAAGACAUUGCCACGGAGACGAGGGCCAUUUAUUCCAUUGUGCUGAAGCUUCCUGGUCACAGCACCAUCCUCAACUCCACUAAACUACCCUCAUCUGAAGACUUGAAUGGGUCAGGGGACGACUUGCAGAAAUCUGACAUGGGGUCAAAGGAGAGGAAACCUAAAAGGUUGCACUCUCAGAAAACUGUGGAGGACGGAGGAAACUUUCACAAGAGCUUUCCUAAGCUUCCAGUUCAGCCAGGGUCAGCAGUAGAGGCAGCCAAGGUUUCCGACGGCAUUCCGUCGGUGGCUAAGACGUCUGCAGCCCUGCCUUUAUCCUUCAAGGAAGCAACCCUGGCCAAAAAGUUUGCCUUGAAGACCAGAAGUCAGAUCACCAAGCGAAAACGAAUGUCACUUAUCAAAGAAAAGAAAGCAGCACAGACGCUCAGUGCUAUUUUGUUUGCCUUCAUCAUCACCUGGACACCAUACAACAUCAUGGUUCUGGUGAACACCUUUUGUGAUAGCUGUAUCCCCAAAACAUUUUGGAACCUGGGGUACUGGCUUUGUUACAUCAAUAGCACAGUGAACCCUAUGUGCUACGCAUUGUGUAACAAAACAUUCAGAACCACUUUCAAGAUGUUACUGCUGUGCCAGUGUGACAAACGGAAGCGACGCAAACAGCAGUAUCAGCAGAGGCAAUCAGUCAUUUUUCAUAAGCGGAUCCCCCAGGAGACUUCAUAGAAUAGUAUUUUUAACAAACAAAAAACAAACUAUCAAAGGGCACGUGGGAGGGGGAGUGGUUCCAGGGUGCUGAUACAAACGUUUCAUCAUCAAGAUGUGAGAGCAGCUGCCAGGCUUAUAUAUCCUUUUAAUAAAUCCAGUUUAAUAUUAAAAUCAAAUCUGCAUUAAGCAAAAACAAACAGACUUCAAAGUUUUUUAUUAAGGAAAUGAAAGACUUUAAUAAAGUUUUCCUACAAAAUUACAAGAAGCUGUAGAGCAAUUAUGAACCCGUUACUGAUCAGCCCAGUUUUUUUGGUUGUAAUCAACUCUGGGAUCUCAGGUAAGCACAUCUAGCUAGUCCAGUUCCAGCUGUUUCCAAGGAAUCAACAGGUUUCAAUUCAAGUCACGUGUGGAUACAGCAAGCUAGUUAAACAUUGUUAUGAAAUUAUUUAAAACACUGUAUAGGUUGCAGAACUGCUUCUUGUUGUCCCAGUAAACCUUCUUGUCUCCUCUUUUGGUGUGAUUCUCCUCGUAGCCCUGAUUCUUGAACCUUACAGAGUAUCUAUUUGUGCUGCUCAUGUUAUGUGUGUGUGUGUGAAUGCACAAGUUACACUCACACUCCACCAUUUAUAUAUAUAUAUAAAUAUGCCAGGAAAGAAGUGAUCUAUCAAUCUAAAUUCUUACAUGGGUCCCUAUCAUUGUGGUAUGUGAGUGAAAUAUAUGAUUUGACAAAUUAGUCUGUAAAUGUAAAUUUAUUUUGUUAUUUGCAAAUUGAAAUUAUAAUGUAUAUUUGAAAACAUAAAAUACACACCAUUUAGAAAGAGAUAAAUAAGUGCUACUUGUGAUCCAAAUGCAGUCCACAGAUUAUUGCUAUGGGACAUAUGCCAACCUAAUACAGAGAUGCAGCCAGAUAAAAUUUAAUACAGAGAUGCAGCCAGAUAAAAUUCUGUAUGUAUGCAGUACCGUAUUUCAGUCCAAGUGAUAAUGCCUCCUCAGAAGCAUUGGCUACUGAGCUCAAAGUUGAGCAUAGAAUUCUGGAAUCUGUAGUCUCUGCAAGCUGCAUGUCUGUAGUAAAAGUUGAAAAAGUCUGCAUUUUAUGGAAAAGGAACUUUCACAGACUGCCACUGUGGCCUUCAGUUGCAAAAGGCUUGUAUAGAAGAAAUCCUUGAUUGUUUUGAACCUAAAGGACACUUAUUCGAAAACAUUUCUUUUUCACAAUCUGUUUGAAAAGCAUAGUGGAUAUCACCAACUUGCAAGCUGGCACUUUCUGAUAAAGAAAACAAAAAAGGGGCUUUAAUAUUUAUAAUUUAGACAUGGCCAAUAUUUCCUGGUAUUUAUGAUGUGGUCUGCACCAAACAUAGUGUGCUUUAUAAAAGUCAGAGAUCUCCUGAGGAAAGUACUGUACUUUUAAGUAUUGUUCUAAAUCUUAUUUAGUUAUGUGUUGAAAGAUAAUUUCAUAUUAGCCUUUGAACUGACCAAAACAAUUUUUUUCCUGAUACUCAUAUUUUGCUGAAAAUAAUAAUAAAACAAAAAACAAAACAAACAAACAAAAAACCCCAACAAACUUCCUUUCUAAAGAGGCAUCAGUGUUGUGAACACAGAACUGGUAUAAAAGCUGCUUUUGUUUUCUGUGUGAGAUGGUGUUUACAGAUGAUUUUGACAGCAGUGGAAGUAUAUUAAAUGGUGUCUGUGUAUCUGAACUAUUUAAUUUUGUGUUAUGUUUAUAUGAAGAAAUAUUUAUACAGACUUCACCAAAUGGUUUAUUUAAUGUUGAUAAAUAUUGCUCUUCAGUCUUCAACUGUAGUGUCCUUUUAAAGUGAUUCAUAAAGGUCCGCUUGAGCAAUGAAUACAGUAUACCUAGCUUUCAUGUCACUAAAGCAAAUAUUCAUACUCAUAACAUUCAUAGUUUUUAUUGUUUUUCUGGUAUGAGUUAUAUUAAAUGUCUGUCUAAAACAAAGUUUGUAGCCUAUGCUCUAGGUCUAGUGAUGAGAAAAAAAGUAGGCCUUGAGCUGUAGAUCAGUCACAUUUCAAGGUGGAGAAACCCAUAAUUUACUGGUCAGUUUUGUUUGCCACAUCCAACCAAAGACUUACAGGGAGCCACCAAACUGUUUCCUAAGCUGCAUAGAAAAUUACAGAGCUUUAUUUUACAGAACUGUGUAGUAAUGAAGUGCAUAUCUGCAGUACAUUUCAUUAUUCAAGUUGACCUUCUAACUAAUAUUUGAACAGUUAUAGAUAUAUAUAGAUAUAGAUAUAUUGCCAUCUUAUUAUAUUCUGAUAAUUAGAGUAGUACAGUGCCCUCUAAUUCACAAAGUAUGAGAGCAAGUAAGGAAGCCAGAGGUCAGCAAGAGACUCUAUUAUAUAACGCUAUUGAUUUUACUAUGGAAAAUUAUUUUUCUACCAAAGUUAAGCUUCUUUUGAAAAGCAACUGUCACUAUUGUUUACAUGAUAGGAAGAGUUAAAACUCUUGGAUUGUUUUCAGAGAAAAAAAAAUAAACAAUUUGAUGUGAGAACAGGCUUGAAAAUGUUAUUUUACAGACAUAAUACAUUAUGGAUUUAUACACAAACUAGAAAAGAUUAAUUUAGUUAUCUGUUUACUUAAAGGAAUAUACACUAUAAAAUAUUCAAAAUUUGGCUGUGUUGCAAAUACAAUUCUAAACAAAGAGAAAUCAGAUUAAUAUUUCAUGUGUGUCUGUGUGUUUGCACGAUAUAUAUAUAUAUAUAUUGUGUCCAUUUGUAUAUAUGCAAACAGAUUAUAUAUACAUGCACAUAGAAAUAUAUAUGUGUAAGAAAGGUGCAAUACAAAUAGACACAAUUUGCCACAGCAUUUCUUUUCACAAAUAAAAAGGAAGUAAUGGCUCACAUCUGAUGGGGGAAAGUGGAGUCACAAACAUUAUAAAACUGUCAGUAGGAGUGCAGACAGUCGUGUAAACCUUUCUUACAUCAACAGGUUGCCUACUCAUACAUCCAGUCCUGCUCCUGUUAAUUUCAAAGGUCCAGGAUUGGACCCCAUUAGAGUAGAUUAAUGAAGUUUAAGUCUACUGGGGCAUCAAGAGUAAAUUUUGCAGGGUGGGACCCAAAGGCUAUCAAAAUGGCAGACAGUGUAAACCCCUUUCUGAGACACCAGCACAUACAGCACAUGGCUUUUGUAUGUGCUAGGGUUGCAUAAAUUAGUUAUCUGGCAUAAAUUAGUUAUCUGACAUAAAUUAGAUUAUGCAAGUAUAACUGCAGCAAACAGUUACAUUUUUCAAUGGCAUGAUGUAACUUCUUGUCGCAGCUAUAGGGCAAAAUGAAAUUACAGCUCUACUUAUCUCUGACCUAAAUCUAAAGAAAUACAUUAAUGGUCUGAUUCUCAAAGGUGCUGAGCAUCUGAAGUGUCCUUUGACUUCAGUGGGAUUUGUGGGCUCUAAGUAUUCUGAAGAAUCAGGUCUUAUCAGGGGAACCAGCCAUGUUGUGGAAAACUAGCAUAGCCACGCAGAUGUGCUGAAGAAGUUGCUCCCCUUCAUCUAUUAGCUUGCUAAAAUCUUCAACUUUAUUUUUUCUUUAUAAGUAACUGUAUUUUCCUGCUCUACUGUAAGAAGGGCCCAUGAAUACUUUUGGGCCAUUCUCAACCUCGUGCCUAUAACAAUUGAACACAUGAAUCCAAGUACCCUCGGUUCUCCUGUACAGGAUGCAAACAUCAAAACAAAAAAGAAAUCUAUUUGUAUCUUUUCCGUGGUUGGCAAGGUCAGUAAGUUUAAAUAUGCACACACAAUCACACCACAUACACUUAUGGAGGGCAUAGCUGUGCGAUAUAAUGCUGAGCUAUGUGAUAAAUUGCAUUUAACAUGCACCCUUGGCACCUCACCAUACAUGAAGAGAGAUUGAAAAGACCAGAAGUCAGGGACAGCUUUCCUUAGAGAGGAGACAAUAAGAGGAGACAUGAUAGAAACAUACAAAAUAAUUUAACAGUAUAAAGCUGGUAAAUCAGACACUUCUGUUCUCUGUAUCUCAUAACAAGGGGACACUCAAUGAAAGUGAAAGGGGACAAAUGCAAAAAUAAUAACAGGAAAUACAUUUUCAGGAAACACAAAAUUAGACUGUGGAACGCAUUGCCACAGGACACCGUUGAGGCUGAAAGCUUAGCAAGAUUUAUAUUAACAUUUACGUCUUCCCCAUGUGACACAUUCCACUUGCUUCUCGCCCUGGAAGGUCCUAAGAUUUUCAACUUGGAAGUUAUGGCUUUGUGUGUGUGUGUGUGUGUGUGUGUAUAGAAGAGCUAUUGUAGUAAUUUGUGGAGGUGCUUCAAAUGUUGUGUUUUUUGGUUUUUUUAAUGGUGAAUAUUUGAAGUUGCUCAGUGGCUGGAAUUUUUAGAAUUCGUCUUUGUAGAGAUGGAUUAGAAGAUAGAGUACAGCAGGUGGACCUGUGAUUACAGGAUCGGUCUCCUGAGUCAUCUCGGGACCCAUGUGUAAAUCUGUGAGUCAUCCUCGAAUCAAGGAAUCACCGAUGACAGAUGCCACAGUUAAAGAUGCAAGAUAUAUGCUCUUUAUCACAUGGCUAUCACCAGCACGUAUACACACAUCUAUACAGAGCAUUAAUAUCUAUGCUGUGGCUUUAUAUAUAAAAUUAUACUGAAAAGUCAGCCAAAAAAGGAAGAUUAUUUUGAUACCUCAUGAACUGUAACUUGACAGCAGAACUGUGUUUACUUUUAUUCUUUCACUUAGCUUGGUAGAGAAGUUUCCUAUUCUUUCCGCAUAGCUCUCAAAGUGGAUUCUUUUUUCCUCUGAAAAUGGGGUUUUCUGGGUGUGAUAUAGGCCCUUUGGCUUUUCAGAUAUCUAAAGAUGGAAACCAUGUCCCAGAUUUCACCCAUUCAGGUCUCGCACCUGUUUUACAAUAGGUUUAAACUUCAUUGACUCUACCAGAGGUACUCCAGAUUUCCACCAAUGUGAGAUCAGAAUCAAGCCGUGUAUGUCUACGAGCAGGUUCUGUCUGGGAUGGGAUAGGCGAAAUAGGAUUUGACUACAUAUGGGCUGGGCGCCCAUUACAGCCCUGAUCCUACAAGCUGCUCUUUAUAACCAAAUUCCUGCAUGCAUAUCGUCUCCUGACAGCUUUAAUAGGACUCAGCAUGAGUGCAAGAGUCCAUCCAUGUGAACCAGCUUGCAGGUUCAGGGUCUGUUGGGGAGCUGUACAUCAUUGCAAUAUUAUUUGCUUUAGAUAACAGGUGUAGAGGUCAUCUCAGCUUUACUGGGCUUAUCCAUAGUCUCAACAUAAGAAAAAUAGUGUGUGGGGGGGAGGGGAAGGGGAAUCUCCUGAUCUUAACACUCUGCUGUAUGAAAUUGCACUGUAAUUUGCUGGCCUCGUGGAUAGAGUUAUGCAUACUUUGAAAACCUUGCUUGGUUUCCUGUUUGAAGAAACAUAGGGUGUGAGUCCAGAUCAUUCAUCUUUUUCUUUGACACAAUAAAACCUAGUUUAACAGGGGUGUAUGAUUCAGAGAAAGCUUAUGAAAGUGGUGAUAAAAACAGUCCUCUCAUUUGCAGUAAGCAGGCCUAACAUGCUUCUAAAUGGGUGAAGCUAUACAGUUUAUUUAACUUGGCAGAAAUCUCGGAAAAUAAACAAAUGGUAGAAGUUUUUAUAGAAGCUCAAAUCCUUCUCAUGCAUAAGGGUGAAUAAAUACAUGUAAAGCAGCACCCAAAUAAGUUCACUCUAUGAUUGGCUUUGUAAGCCAAGCUCUUCCAUCAUUAGCUAUGCCAUACAUGUAAGAGAUGGAUGCCCGGGUCAAGCCUUUUUGAUCUGGUCCUUGUUUUCAGCACAGCACUUAAUGACUGUACACUAAUUCAGAAGAUGUUUUUUUUCCCAGGAAUUUCAAAUUAAGUUUUUGGUAUUUGUUCCCUCCACUAAACAGUAUUUCCUGGUGUGGGUGAAAUGAAGCUAUGCCUGGAAAUCUGUGGUAAACAUUAGUCACUUGGCUAUGUUUAGCAAAAAAAUACCCCAACACAACACUGCUAAACACAGAGAUUUCAAUUCGGUUUGCAAAUUAUUCAAAACGGCACAUCUAACAUUUAUUUUACAUGUGGAUAAAAUAUCCUAAGGAUCUUCGUGCUAUCGCAGUGUAAUGGAAAUAAAAUCCAAGGGCCACAUCCUGACUCCUGGUCUGGAUGCAAACAUGUAGAUCCAGCCGUCUGAGAAGUUGCUCUGCAUGCGGGAAUAAUUGGGUGCUGUUGAGCCACUGUGGUAAUUCCUCACACAACCUCUAAAUCUUCAGCAUAGGGAUGUCUCAGAGAAAGGGGCUGUGGCUGAACUGGUGCAAAAUGAGACAGUCAUACGGCUGUUUUUCUUUGUGCAGAGAUCAGCCAGGGCUGUGGAGUGUAGGGUGCCCUAACCCCUUUGUUGUUUUCCCCCUUCCAAUCUCCUCCACUCUGCAUUGCUUGGACACAUCCCAGAAUAGGUGUCUAUGCAAUAAUACCUAAUGCUUUGUGCACUGCACUUUCUUAAUUUAUUACUGUAUCUUUUCACUGUGAUUCUAUCCACUCCCCAAACAUACACACACACAUGCUCUCUCUCACACACACUCACAUUCAGAUUUACACACACUAUAUUUCAAAGUGCAAGUUUCCCAGGUUACAACAUCCCAAGACUUAGUGUGCCAAAAUUAAAUCAGGACAUGACCGGAAAUCCACACAUUUGUUUACAUUAAUAGUGUUACAAUAGAAAGUUAUGCCCUCCAAUUUUUAAAAUACAUUUAAAAAACCCCACUCUGCUGAUAAUUUUUUUACUGGACUUCUGAUCAUGAAGUUCUCCUUGUUGCUUUGCAACUACAGUUAAAUCCUGCAGUUUCACAUCAAUGAUGCUGGUGCAGCCAGACAGAAAAAUAAGAGAACGGGUGGUCAUUUUAGCUUUUACUGCACUGGACUCCAUUCCGAAGUCCUCAUUCAGGCAAAGUACUCAUUGAAUAGAACUGACGUUUUGCCCAAAGGUAGGAUUUCAGGAUCAGGCCCAGUUUUUGCAAACUGUACAAGGACAAACUAAUGUACAAGGACAAACUUUAGGGGGGAAGUUAUUUUAUUUCAGCAUUUCAGAGGAAAGAGUAAAAAAUGGAAAAUUGAUAUGUAGUCGUAAAUGGCCUUGACUCUUAAAUUUUUUCUGUGCAUCACCCUUGUCUUGAAGGAAACUGACAUAGAAGUGCUAGGAAUAGUGCAACAGAAAUGCAGCCCUCUUGAUCAUAUAAUCAUCAUCAUGUCUGAUAAAUAACCCUUAGUGGGGCUAAAGCUUCCAGUCUUGAAGACGAUGGGAUUUUGGAUAGUCCAAAAUCACUUCUGAUUCCCUAUAGAUGGUAUAAACAACUGCCACUUACUGUAGAAUUUGUUAGCCUAACCUGCUCUGAAAAUGCUGUGCCUGUAUGCAGAAUAGUCCCUCUGUCGUUAUGUGCAGAUAUAGAGCCACUAAUGUCAAUGAGGGUCCUUUUACACACACAAUCAAAGCAGUGCAGCUACAUAGGGUAUUUGCCCACAGGUACUGUCAGCAUCUCAUAAGGUUGGUGCACACAUAUUUUGGACACCACCUUGAAAACUGAAAAUGUAUCAUUAGAAAAGCACAUUGAAUACUUCAUAGAACUUUCAAUUUUUACAUGUUGCUACCACACCCCUUGCAAGAGAACUGAGAUUAUUAGAUGACUAGUCUUUUUUGUGCUCCAUUUACACAAUAUGUGAGUUGAUCUUUACAGUAUCAUAGAGGAAUUAAAUUGAGAGCUAGAUUUGCCUAUUCACACCUGUUCCCCGAAACUAUGUUUUACCAUACAUAUUGGGACAGACCACAGAAAACAUCAAACAUAGGAGGAAAUAAAAUAUCUGUGCAAAAUUUAAAGAUUUUAAAAGCAAAAAUGUAUUUUUUUUGUUUUGGAUGGUUUGUUUGUUUUAAACCCUAAUAUACCACUAAUUAAAUUUAGUAAAAAUCAAGCCAAUUUUUAACUCAGAGAAAAUGUUACUGUACUAGAAAGCUUUGGGGCUGUAGUCAGUAAAAGUUAUUAGCCUUAUCGUUAUUCCCUUAUCAUUAAGGGAAGCAGAAUGUCACAAAAAGUGUCCAAGAAUUUAGAAAUGUUUACUUUGCAUGUUUUUUUAUUAACUGAAUUUCACCUACUCAAAUGUUGGCUGUAGCCCAACUGCCUCUCUUUAUUGGCCAGUCAUAAACCUAGCAGGCAAAACAGGUCCCCCCACCCCCAAACACUUAUCUGAACCUAAAAUUGCCAACUUUUGUCUAAAUCUGAAUUAGAAACGUUCUUCCAUUGCUUUUGAGGUGCUGUGACAGUUGUGUGCAUUUUGGAAUUCAGGAGGCACUUUGGUCUCAGGACUGUGGUUGUGAAAUGGAAUCUUAAACCUUUUGCUCCCGGAGAGAUAUGCUGGAUAUUCUGUUAAUAGCAACAGAGCUAGAACUGGUGACGUUACAGGAAUUUGAUGAACAUAUUCAAUGUCCGUUGAUAUGUUUUUAAAUUCUUAAAAUCUGAGACCCUUCCCUUCCCAUACUUAUGACUGUGGAUCAAAGCAGGCUCUACAGACAAUAAUCUAAACCUACAUUUGUCUGUGUAAAUAAAACUUAUUGUAAGAUUUGAAUAUUUAAAAUAAGUUUACAUCCUUCAGAUACUUUUUCUAUGGCAUGUCUGAGAAAGAUUUUGAAUUACAUGGACACAGCAUGAUAAGGGUUGGUGCCUGUGAGAGUCUCUCAAGUAGAAUCCACAACCAAGUUUUAAAACUCAGUCUAAGACAUUAGAGAUACAAGAAAUUAAUUUAAAUCUGCAGAAUUAAGUCCACUAUUGAAUAAGAGGAGAUGCUUCCAUAAGCAAGAAUGUCCUUUUAAAAAUGGCAUGAAGUAUUUUAAUACCUUAAGCACAUGCUUACCUUUAGGCAUGUGCGUAGUUCCCUUGCCUUCCAUGGGACUACACAUGUGCUCACAGUUAAACACAUGUUUAAACAGUUUGCUGAAUCAGGAUCAGAGUGAUUAGCACCAUUCAGAAUCAAGCCCAAAAGGCUUGAUCCAGUUCCCAUUGAAGUCAGCAGGAAAGGGAUCAGGCCAUAUGUUGCUUUUGUCUGGAGUAAUUAAGCAUCCUGAUAGCUUCAUUUCAUAAAUGUGGGUCUGUAUUUUAACUGCUUGAUGAAUCCACUUGUUUGGAGAUUUCUUCAGCCAGCAGCUGUGGGUCUGAAAUAAACAGCACUAGUGGCAGAUGAAAAGUAAUGCAGGAGGCUAUGAAACUGAUACAGCCCUGUAUCCUUUGCCUAUGAGCAGUAGUAUUUGCCUAUUAACAAGCACCUUCCCUGCCCAUACAUAAAGUGUGUACCUACGUAUGUGUGCAUACCCAACAUUUUAAAACAUUGACCAUGUUUGUUUUUGCUAUGAUGCUUAACUGCAGAAGAAUUGAUCUGGCAGUUAAAUAAAGCACUGCCUUACUGUAUGUCUAAGGUAAAUGUUAUAAUAAAAAAAAAAUCCCAGUUCACAUUGAACACAUUUUAAAAACAAUAACACAUAUCAGUGGAAGACUAGAGAUUAUCAAAGAUUAUUUACUGUUAUUUGCCUCAGUGGUAAUGUUUCAGAGGAACUCUGCUUCUUCUAACUAGUAAAAACAGCAACAUGAAAAGGUUGACUAUACAGGACCUGGAUAUUUUCUGAGAUACCAUUAUACAAAAGUACUCCAUGUUCCCCAUUAAGUCAGUGAUAGUUCACUAAUCUGUGGAGAGAGGUUGGGUGCUGAAUUAACUGUAAAGUGAUGAUGCAGCCUCCAAAGAUCAAGUGCAUUGCCAGCAAUCCACAAUUGUCCAGGGUUUUAGAUACCUCUGCUAGCGUGAAUUGUCAUAACUCCAUUGAAUGUGCCCCAAACUGAGGAUCGGUCCCCCUGACGUGUGCUGUAGUGACUUGGCUUGCUCCUAAUUGUCACAGAGGAACAUUGCUCUCACAAGAGAUUUUUCUCCUGCCGAGUUAUUUUAACUUAUUACUAUUUUUUAACCCCACACUGAAAUCUGAUUAGGUGGCACCUUCCCCGGCGGAACUUUUCUAGAGGAAACAUUGUAAUCUACAAACUGCAGUUACCCUGAAUAGCCCUGAUAACAACAGCAUUAAUAAAAGAUGAUAAUUUCAUUUCUUUAGUCACUGCUCACAGCACUGCUUGCUUGUUAAGAUAAAAAAUGAAUGAUUGGAUAUUAAACUCAUAUCUGAUUGUACUAUACAUUGUGUGCCAUGCAGUUGGUGAUGUAAGGUUUACAUAACUGCUAGGUGUUGUUUCAGCAUUUGAAAUAUAUUUCCGCUUUCUCCUUUCCUCUCUAAAGCUGAGAGCAGACACAGAAUACAGACUGAGCAAUUAGGAAAUAUGAAACUGUUUUGUAUCAAAGUAAUUUUAGAUUAGAGGCUGCAAGAGUUGUAAACAAUCUUGAAAAGUCCAUUAGAAGUUAAGAGUCAGAGAUUAAAAUCUUCACCAUGUAGAUCCCUCUUUCAUACAUUUUUGGGGGAAUCUCUUUCUCGCCCCCCCGCCCCCUUCUAGUAUCAGUGUGUAGAAGUAGCUCUGUACUGGUGUCCAUUUGCAUGCUACAGCACAACUUUAGCUGCUAGAACUUCACUUCAUGAAACUCUUUUGUUUCCCCAAUGGAUUCCACAGGUUGUACAGCUGCUCUACCCUCGGUUGAGAAUGCCAGCCAGUUUUGGAGCUGAAUCUAAACUCCCACUAACUGCAAUAGACCUCUGGAGUGCAAAUUUUUACCACUGACCCACUGAGUGAAUGCUGCCAGACAUUUCCUUCACCACAGCUUGCAAUUGAGUAUGUGGCAGUCAAUUGUUCAGUCAGUGCUUUCCAGCUUGCAGUCAUUAAUCUGAAAUCCUGUUUAUUUUAAGAGUUUGGUAUUGCCCUCUCCCCCUGCUUCUCCCCCAGUCUACAUACAGCAGAGCCAUACACCUGUCAGCAAAGCAAUCUGGUGAGAAGAUAAGCUAAAAAUAAACCACCCUGAGUUGUAUAUCAUGUUACAAUCAUCAUCAUCCUCACUUGCUCCAGAGGACAAUGUAUACAUAUUGCAAAACCUACAUUGAAAAUCAUACUCAAUUGAAUUAUAAACUCUCACAUCAUCCAUUAUUCCCAUUAAAGUUGGAAAAUAAUGGAUAUAAGAGACUGCUCAACCCUGCUCCCUUGACAAAUUGCCACUCACUUAGCUGAAGCAUGUAUGCCUGUAUUUGUCAAAGGAGGUAUUUUUGGGUGCCUCUCUACUAUUCUGAGAGAGGCUAAAGGUAAUUCACACAGAAAUAUUAUUGGCCUUUUUUUUCCCACAGCCAACUGCCAAUGGCAAGUUUAAUGCUGUCACUUCUGACUGUACUAGAGUCUUCCUGUAUUUUGGACUAUUGAUUCAUCUUCCCUCACAUGUGCCAGUUUGUUCAAACAUCUUCCUUUCUCUUUGUUUCCUCCACAAUGGCUUGUAAAUCUAUAAGCUUCAGCCCUUUACCACAGCAUAUUGAGAUUUAGACAGGAUUUGCUGUGUACAGUCUCUCUUCGAGUCAAAUUGGAUCCUUAACUUGUUGAGCUACCACACAGCUCUGUACUGUGCUCUUUCAUUUUAAUAAAAUUUAAUAAAAGUAAGCACGUGACUAAAAUACUGAGGCAUUAAAAAUUGCCCAUUCAUAUUAUUUCCCGUCAUUUAAAGCAGUUUUAGCAAAUAUAUUUUUUCUAUUAGGAGCAAAUGCUUCAAAAUGGAUGGUCAUGACUAGCUAUGUAGCUUAUAAUGAGAUCUAAUACAAAACAGAUACUCUUCACAUAUUUAUUAAAUAAUGUUAUCUAAUUCAUCUUGGCUGAAUAGACUUAAGUUAACUGUUAAUCCACACUCAAAACUCUCAUUAACAUCAAUAGGUGUUCAGGCAGGACCAGCUGAAUUAGUCUAUCCUUAGAGGAAGGGUGAAUAAUACUUGGAUUUUGUAUUUCCAGUUAAAAAAAAUGAGUCAAGUUCCCUCAAGUGUUAACCCUCAAAACCUGUUCUGUGCCCUCAGGGAAUCUCCUUUCAUUACUCCACUGCAGUAAAACAGCAUACAGCAGCACAAAUUUCACUCAUACAGUAUAUGGAUGUAUAAGACUAAACAGUGAAAACACAUAUUGUAAAUGAUGUGAUGGAGUGAAAUUGUAUAUAUAUAUAUUUCAAGUCUUCAGAAUAGUUGAAGUUUUAACUUAUUUCAAGUUUUUAAGUUGAAAUCAAUUCAUAUUUGGAAAUUUUGUACAAGCUUGUAAAGUUAAAUACUUUGUCACCUGUAAUUUAUUUUGUUGCCAUAUAUUGACACAUGCUCAUUUAUAUAUGAAGUGUAUUGUUUAUCAAUUGCUUCUAAGGCAGCAAUAAAAACAUGAAAAUUGUUCUCA